AUGUCCGGGACGCGGUCGCCGGCGCCCGGGGAGGCGGACGCGGAGAAGGUGUACGCGGAGAGGCCGGAAGUAGACCCUAGGAAGAUCAAUUUGUUAGAGGUGGACGGAAAGCUCAUAGAUGCGAUCGUGGCGAACAAGACGGACAAGAUCAUGAUGAUCGGCGCGAAGCCCCAGCCGGAGCAGCUCCAGAUGCUGUGCGCGGUCCUCGCGAAGAACACCACGGUGGCCUACAUCAACCUCGCGCGGUGCGGGAUCGCGACGCCGCACGUCGAGCACCUGUGCCACGCCCUCGAGUUCAACAAGACCAUCGUCGGCCUCGACCUCUCGUGCAACAGCCUCGCGGACGACGACGUCCGGCAGGUCGCGCGCGCCCUGCGCAUCAACAAACACAUCGAGCACCUCUUCCUGCAACUCAACCGCUUCGGACCCGUCGGAAUGUACCACCUCUGCAACGCCAUCGUGCACGUCUCGGCGCCGCUCCGGUCGCUCGACCUCUCGCGGAACCCCAUCGGCGACGAGGGCGCGAUGUGUCUGCGGCGCAUGUGCGAGGACUUCUGCCUCGACGGGCGGACGUGCGGGAUCGAACGGCUGUACCUGAACAAGUGCGGACUCGCCUCCGAGGCCUCCGCGCAGCUGUGCUACAUCCUCGACCACAGACUGAUGCCGCAGCUGCAAGUGGUGCACGUCACCGACAACGACUUCGGGGAACAGGACGUGUACGAGCUGCGCGGGGCGGCGCUGCGCGCGGGCGUCAAGGUGAAGAUGCUGACGGGCGUGGGCGACAUCGUGAAGCUCGACUGGGUGCACGAGGGGCUCGAGGUGCCGCCCUUGUCGCGGCAGCAGCGGCGGCUGGCGGAGACGAAGCUGGAGCCGGAGGUGGUGCGGCAGGCGCUGGGGGAGACGGAGGAGGGCGGGGGCGAGGAGGAAAGGGCUCCGAGCUGA